UUUACUUUUUUUUACUUUUCAAGAAACAUCAAUUAGAAAAAAGAUAUAUUGGACAAUAAAAUAGCUAAAAUUCAGAAAUGUUGCAAUUUUUCAAACUUGAACCAAGCCUGAUCGGAAUCAUAAAAAGUGGUAAUUGAUAAUAUUUUAAUAAGAAAACUGUAUUCCUUUGUUGUAAAAUGGUUUACAAAUUAAAUGGAUAUAUAAAGCAAACUAAUUUCUAGAAUAGUAGAUUACAAGUGCGUCAAAUAAGUAGCAAUUUGAUUAUUUUAGUAUUGGGAAUAUUUUCUGUCAAUUUUGAUCAGGAUUAAUACUUUUUCCUCAAGUUUGGUUGAAAUUCAAAGCAUAACAAUACUACUGAAAUUUGAUCAUUUCAUUUCCAUAUUUUUACAAAUAUGUUUGUGUAAUAUAUAUAUUAAUAAUUAACAUAUCUUUUAUGCCAAAAAAAAUUUUAUAAUUGACAUGUCUUUUGAAAUUUGAUAUCAAGAAAUGUUAUAAUUUUCACAAAUAUUUUUUUUAUAUAAGGAUGACAGACCUAAUUCGAAAUUAUGCGCUUUUGCACCUAGAGCUGUGCAUAUUGCCAUUUACAUUCUCCAUGCAUUGUGACGUCACUGUAAUUGUUUCAUCACAUUAUAUUUAUAUUACAAAUCGCAUUUUCCUCUAUGAACCAACCAAUUUGAGCUCGCGACACAAUCCGUUCAUUUUGACUAUGAACAGAUUAUGAACUAGCUUAAAGCACACGACUGAGAGAGCGUAAAGAUUUGAAAAAUUACAAUGUGUGUUACAAAGAUCUCACAAGUCACACCUCGGAUUAAGAUUGUGAACUUACAUAGAUUAUCAUCCCAAUCUUGCGGUCUCCUAGCUCCAAAAUACAGUGCACCGUGCAAUGUUGAUAAAAGGCAGGGUGAGACAAAGUGUGAUGUCAUGUCUAUGUGUUGAUGUUCGUCACAAUACGCUUGUGACAGAGGCUGUAGGAGUUCGUUUUAUGCAACAAAAUAGAAACAGUGUUUUAGUAAAUGAAUAUACAUGUAAAUAUAAGAAAUGAUCAGCACUUUUGAGCUGUUCAUGGUCAAUAUGAAAUGGAUUUGGAUUUCUUUCAUUAUACAAUAUUUUUUAUUUCAAUCCAUAUUUCAUAUAAAUUCUUCAAUAAAAGCAAUUUCUAGAAUUUCUGUAACUUUGGUAUCUGUGACUAAAAAAGUCUGUUCUUGAUUCUUUCAUGUUUUAUUUGUGAUUUCUUUGAUUUCGCGAUUAUCCGUGUUUUGUCAACCUCCUGCGCAUAUGCCAUGAAUCUAACUGCCAUAGGUAGAUACAACAAAAUAAAAAAAAUCUACACUCUUGCUAUCAAAAGUUUACUUCUAAAUAUAGUUUAUAUCAUGAAUAUUCUUAUUUAUGACAUGCACCAGAAGUAUAUAUUCCAAAACCGACGAUAAUGUCUGUUCACAAGCAAUAAGAAGGUAAAAUUAUGUUUUAAAAACUUUCGACCAUUCAGUAAAAUGACACGAAAACGUGACAAUAAAACCUGUAUAAAUCAACAAUAACCAAACAACACUGAUUUUGAACACAGUUGUUGUAAACCAAAUAUGAUUUUUUUAUAUACUACUAUAACCAGGCUAAGUACUUUGAUUGACCCAGAGGGAAAGGUACAAGGUUGUAACUCAUUUUGUUUUAGAAAAAAGGGAGGGAGCAUGCAAUAUAGCUCUUUCAAACUCUUUGAGACGACCCCUAAAGCAUAACAUAUACAGUUGCAUGAUACAAAUAAGUUGUAAAAGCAUUUGACAGUUUGAAAAAAAUUGUUUUUAUGAUUAGCCGUAUAUAUACAUAUCAUAUGGUGUAACUAGAUCUCGGUCUCCACUGGCCCAACCUUCCCUUUGGAAAAUUUUGCAACCAAUUUUUAGUAUAUACCUAUGUAGUGGCUAGAAGGACAGGGGUUAGUUUCUCUCUCAGGUGACAAUAAACACGCCAUCACCAUCUCUUAUUUGCAAACAAAACACUUUGUUUUAUUAUUUGGAAAUAUGAAAUAAUUGCAGAUCACUCUUUUGAUGGUGAAAUAAAAGUGUAUGAGUUAUCUCCCAUUUACUGUAGUAUAUAGCCAGGAUAUAGAGAUGCCUUUAUUAUUGUUUCUGUACAAGUUAUUAGAUUUGAGUGCAGUGUACCUGUUAUUUGUAAAAGAAUUAGGAAAAAAUACUAUCAAUAGGUUAAUUCUGAAUGAAGAAACACUGUAUUUAAAGAUCCUCUCAACUCUGACUAUUGUGUUACCGCGACUCUACUCACCAGAAUGCCCUAAAUUUUGAGAAGUAUCCAACAAAAUGAGAAGAAAUCAGUCCUUUUGAAAUUUUAAGUGGUCUUUUCAUUACAACUACUUAAAGUACAUGUAGGAGGGUGUUUACGGUCAUAUUAAGUCCAAUGCUGCAAUAUAUGUGAAAGGAAUUGAUGGAAAUGAAAGCAUCGAUGACGUCCAGACCUUGUUUACAAAGGCAGUAUCAGAAUAAUAUUGGAGUUGGAUGAAGACUUGUGUAUGUGGGAAAAAAUACUACAACGUAAAAGCUAAAAAUUGCAAUUACCACUGGGUUGAGUAUUCUUUAUUGUGUAACUAUCAGCUAUAUUUAGAUAUGUUUUGACCAGAAAUCACCAUUUGAUGGUUCUUCAAACCACAGUGGAGAGGAUAGUGAGACACCAUUACACUCCCCACGUUUUAUUGUUUUAGUUACCAUGUUAUGCAUACAUGGAACUAUUGACUAAAUAGUUUUGUUAUUCCUAACAGUGUAAACACAGAAUAAAAUUCUAUUUCUGGGAAAGUAUGUUGACAGUUUUGUUCAUGAGUUAUUUUAGGGAGUUCAGUUUGCACCCUUGUAUUAUAUAACCAUUCCUUGCUGCUUUGUACAUUGAUUUGUAAGACACAAGGAUUCUGACCACAUUAAUUGACGUUUGUAGUUCAUAACCAAAUGUUGAAGGUGCUUAAAGAAACUCACAUUUUAGCUCACCUGAGUUGAAAGCAAAAGUGAAUUUUUGUAAUCAAAGUUUAAUGUCUGUUAUCUGCCUGGUAUUUUCGCAAUUUUGACUUCUUCUCUAUAUUAACCAUUGGUCCAAUUUGAACCAAACUUGCCAUAAAUUAUCUUUGGGUGAAGAAGAUUCAAUAUUUUUUUUUCAAAUAAAGGGCCACAAGAGGGGUUUAAACUUUUACUGUAACAAAGGAAUACUAUGGAAAAUUCUUUUUAAAAAAUUCUUUUUAAAAGUCUACUUCUCAAAAUCCAAAGAAUACAAUUUGUUGAAUUAAUCAAGCAUCAUCAUACAAUUAAGCUUUAUUAUUGUACACCAUUUUUCCUAUGGCUAGGAUGGAUCCACAAUAGAAAUUUAAAGAUUUACAUACUAGGUUUUGGAAUAUAGAGCAAUUUUAUGAAAAUCUUCUUCUCAAGAAACACAGGUGUAAAAGUUUCAUUGUGAUGUUUGCAUGUGACCACAGUAAAAAUGUCCAUAAUUGUUGGUAAUAAAUCGAACUUUCUGAAUAACAUUGAGAGAGAAUCGUACUUUAAUAACGCAGUUUGCGUUUUUCAUAGAAUCAACAACUCUUGGUAUUUUUUUUUUCUUGAAGUGUUAGUAAUGCAAGACAAACAUAGGGCAUCAUAUUGUCCUAGAUUUUUGGGUCAGGUCCUUAUUUGCCAAGGUCAUUCAACUAUUGAACUGUUACAUUAGACUGAUUAUUGUGUCUCGUAAUAGUAAUCAGAAGGUGUAUGCCACAAAGAAAUCAAAGAAUAAGACUUGAUCAUCAGCAUGGAACCAUAUCAUAUGACAUUUUUGUGUUGUAUCAUUUGACAUUACAAAACAACAAAUACUUGUUCGUUUUGUCAAAUCAAAUUCAUUUUAUUGACAAAAUUUAGCUGCAUGGUGCUUCCAGCUUUUGUCUGUUGACUGCAUAUCCAUCAGUGAAAUGAAGUCCUAGUCAUUACACGGUACUUUUGAAUCAAUAACGAUAUUUGGUAGGUUUUCAAUCCUCCUUUGACAAGAGUGCACUCAUUGUCUUUUGUCCCAUUAAUGUAACAAAUAUUGACCUAGUUGAAAAUCAAUGACCAGACAAAGACUCGUCAUUGAUGGUUUUCUCUUAGGUAUUGAUUCUUUGUCUCUGCAUUUGAUGGGAUUUUAAUUUUUAAGAUGAGGUUCCUUAAUGAAAUGGAUUAGACAUUCUCUAAUUUGAGUCGCCUAUAGAGAAAUUUGAUAGACAAAGAGGUUCAACAAACAACUGGACAUUGCAGCUUUGUAAUUAAGCACAAUUCAGGUUUUUGUAGUGUCACUAGACUGAAGUGGCACCCUUUUGAAGUUGCAAUCCUUCACAGAUUUUUGUAGUGAAAACAGAUAUCCACCAUAAUUUUCUUUUAAAAAAUGUCUACAUUGUUACGAAAUACAAGCCCAUUAUUAAUCAUUUGACAACAGGAAAAAGUAAUAGCAGUGCUUUUAAGAUAGACAAUAUCAUUAUUGAAAAAAUUACAGGCAAUGAAAGAAAAGUAAGUGAUAAAACACAUGACACUGGUAGCGUUCAUUAGCCUCUCCCCUUCACUAUGUCUUGAGUUGUUUGGGGGCUUUGUCAGGACUUAGCUGGAGGUUGAUGUGAUGCCAUUUUAGCCAUUCUGGGGAUUCAAGUCUGUUGUUUGACAUUGAGAUGCAGACUGGUUCUGUGGCACAGUGUGACAUCUUUUCAUCAGAGAACAUUGCUCUGUUCUACUUAUAAGGCUUUUAACGCACUUAUUUUCUCCUUAUUCCACAAUUGUAAUUUUUUCAUAUAUUUGUUUUAAAAGGAACAUCAAGAGAAAAUAAUCCCAGCAGAGAUAAAUGAUAUAUUUGAGUGUAAAAGAUGAUUGAAAACAUAAUUUGGGAUUCACUCCUCUAUCAAUGUGCAUUAACGACUUUCUCUCAUUACAUCUGUACCUGUAUGUUACAUCACUAUAUAAUCUCUCGUCUGUGAUUGUGUCAAUCUCUUUGAUGAAACCUUUGACCCAACCAUAGAAAAAAAGACACUCAGUACGCCUUAUGCCUUUUAUGAAUUUGAAAAAUAGGGGACUUUAGAGCUAGCUGGUAACUAUUAAUUCACAUGUGUUGUGGAACCCGCAAUUAUGUCUUAUGGUUUUAAAACAUGUAAAGGGAGAGGAUAGAAAAUUAAUUAUGUUCAUUUAUCAAUUGCAAUUAAGAUUUCCAAGAGUUUAAGUCUGGUUUGUGAUUUGAUAACAGGUUAGAAAAUUAAUUUAAAAGAUAACCUUUUCAACUUUGUUUAAUUUUAGAAGUGACUUCUGGUGAGUGACAAGAUUAAAUUCACCUCCUGUUGUUCUUGAACACUAUAAACUCUGGCAUCUUGCCAUCAAAGAUGAGUUAAAGAGUAAGGGGAAUUCAUGUCUCGACCCGAGCAUACCUUUGAAAAAAAGAUUUUUAGACAAUUUUACAAGUUCCAGAAAUAGGCAAUUGAAAGAAAAACUAGUACUUUAAAUGGUUCAUUGAACUUGUGGUAAUUGAUAUUCAUAUAAUUUGAUAUUGGAUGAUUAAAUCAUUCUAAAUCUUGUAGCAAUUGAUAUUCAUAUAAUUUUAUCAGGUGUGAUAUUGAAUGAUUAAAACAUUCCAGCUACCCAGUCAUUUUAAACCUUCAGAUUUUGACAUUUAUGAAGUUGUUUUACUUCUAACAAGCACUAUUAAACUUUUGUAAAAAAAAAUAUCUGAUGUGCCUUAACAUAUGCAUUUAUGCAGUUUAAGAUCUGUAGUAGAUUUCCUCCUCAUUUGUAGUCUUGUCAUGGAGUACAGUUCCUUUUAUAAUGGAGUUCAAUAGACAAUAGAACAUGGGCUCAUCAGAGUCAAUUUAACAUUCAGUUUUUCUAUCACAAGUUUACAAAAGGAUAAAGACAAACGGAAAAGCACUUGCGCGUUGGUGUAACUGUGUACUAAAUACAGUGUAUUACUACCAUGUGUAUAAAAAAAAAGGGGGGGAAAGGAAGACAAAGAUGAUGCUCUGAUUGGGUAUUGAUUUCCAGCAAUAUUAUCUGAUUUCAUAAUGUAGUUUGAUGAUGUUGAUGACACAUUAAAUAGUUGCAUGUCAGUGAUAUUGUAAAUUUGGAGUGGAAAAUAGAGGUAUUACUAAGAUAUUACUAUAAGAUUACGAGGUGUGUUAUGUCUGAUGGGCAUCGGGUGUGAACGACUGCUUACACUAGCAGGAUUUUCUACCAUAACAUGUUAAUCAAAUGAUAGUAGACUUUUUUGGAGGAAAAAAAAAAAAGAAGGUGGCCAAACUAACGGUUUAGUUCAAACAUUUCGUGUUCUAAAAAAUGCUGAGUUGAUAGGGUGUCUUAGAUUGGCUAGACAGAAGGGAGACUUUUUCUCUAAUCAAUUCUGCUACAGGAGCCUGGUCCUGUACAGUAAAAAUGUCAAAAAGAGGAAAGUUUACUUUAACAUUAAGAUGAUGGAAGAAAUGAAUUGCCUUUCAUUUGUGAGAAUCUAGCAAGUUUUUAGAUCCAUUGAUUCAAUUUUGUGUGUGUGUGUGAACAGGUAUUUAUAAAUUCUGCAAUGACGUGUCCUUAGUAUUUAAUUGUUUACUUGCUUGAAAUAUUUAAAGUUGAUUCUUAUUGUUUCUUCAUUAAUCUGAUGUGAUUUAAACCAGAUUAUGCAACAGGAUAAUGACACAAAUGUGUCCUUUUAACGCUGUGGUGGAUUAUUGAAAUAUACCCUUCCUCAAUAACCUGAUUAGAAUUUAAUUUGGACAUAUACCAUUGUAGAGGAUGGAAUUGUGAGUAAUCCUCAUGAUGCAGAAAGAGACAUAAUUGAUUAUCAUUGAUUGAAGUGGACUGAUACCUGCUCAUGAAUGUAGGUCUGUCCUUGUGGCCCCAGGUAAUAUCUCACCUGAAGUUAAUGAUUUCUCAUUAAAAGUAGAGAGAUCAUUAUACGGCCCUGAUCAUUAGCUGUGCAAGGCGUAUAGAUUGCUUUAUUUCAAUGGAAUGUGUUAUGUAUAUAUAUUUGUCCAGUGUAUUAAUCUAUGAAGGACAAGUUUGACAGUAGUGGUAUAUUCUCUGCGCUCGUGCUGCAUGAAGACACCAGUUCUUGAGGACAGGGAAUUUAUAUUGCAUGGAAUAUUGAGAAUUUAAAUUCAUAGCGAUCUAUUGCAAAUUACCUACAGCACAACGAUCGGUUUGUCUUUAUAGAUCUAGAAGAGACGAUCAAAUUUUUUGUGACAUAGAAAAGUAAUCCUGUAUAUUGUCAUGUAGACUUUGUAGGAUAGAUGUUUACCGAACAGCUUAGGAAUUUAAAGUUGCCUCUCUUAUUCAGGAGUUUAAAGAACUUUUUACCUUAUUCAUGUGAACUGUUAUUUAUUUCUUAUACCCCCAUUUGUAAAUAAAAGGAAAGACGACCAUUUAGAGAGAUAUAGGUUAAAACACCUGAAAGUUUGGAUGUGUACACAUUUUCUUUUAAGAUGUGUAUCUCAGGAAUAUGUCUGGAGUCCAUAUUAGAAAUUUACAAUUGAUUUCACAUGGAUAGAUCAAGUGAAUGUUUCCACUUGAAGUCAUUGAAUGAAAGAUCAGCUGUAAUGAAGUUUUGUGGCUUGUAAUAUAAAAAAAUGGAUUGAUCCAAAUUAUUCUGUGAUUCGAAGUUCAGGAAUGGAAACUGAGGAUAUUUCUGACAUUUUCAUUUUGUAUAAAACUUGAACAGUUUAAUGUUGGGAUGAAAAUAUAUGUUUGUAUUUCUAUGUUUUGUCCGUGAGUGACAUCAUGGAAAUUCAAAAGUUCGCCAAGAGUGUUUUGCAUAGAAAAACAAAAACGGAGGAUUUACGGCGGACUGGUUCAUGGAAACCAAGUAAAAAAUCUACUUUGAAGUUCCUGAGUAGAACUCGCAGUGAGCCUGAGCGCGAUGUCCCUGUGGAGGCAGACACGGAGAGCUGGGUGGCUACUCUGCCAAAUUUACCCCCAAUGAGACCACGUUCUGCAUGGAACUUUGAGGAUGACACUGAUUCCACGACCUCCUCGGAGACUAUGACCAGCGUCUCUGAUGAUGGCUCCCUGACUCCGAAAUCCUCCAGCCAGCUUUACUAUACCACACCCCCAAAGGCAAAUAUGGUCAGAAAUCAAGAUGAGAAGAGACUGGAAGGCCCAAGUUCCUCUCUGUACAGGAUUCCUAGAAGACUGAGUCAGAAAGACAGGAUUCGUGAAGAUUUGAUGCAUGAGAGGCAGAGAUCUGUCAGCUUAGACUGUGGAGAUGGAAGAACAAUCAAAGUAUUUAUGUCAAAUGCGGAGGGACUCCUAGUGGACGAUGCACCCGGACUACCCCACAAUAACACCGCACCUGUUCAAUUGAGAAGCAUGAAUGGAUUGAGUUCUCCAAAUCGAUCAUCUAAGAUACUUACAACUACACCAAAGAAAAGGGGAUCUGCUAGUAAUUCUUCAAACAGUGAUCCUGAUAGUUUAUCACCAAACAAAAUGUAUGACAAGCGAAAAACUGACAAGGAGAAGCGCUCCCCUAUUGAUCCAAGUGCUUUGUUUGAAGCGGUAGAACAACAGGAUCUGGACUUAGUGAAGACACUCUUAGAGGUAGAUGGCCUCCACAUCAACAGUGUGAACUCCGAGGGUCUGACUCCUUUGGAUGUAGCAGUGAUGACCAAUAACAUUCCAAUGGCCAAGAUGCUGCUCUUCAAUGGUGCUAGAGAAAGUCCUUUGUUUUUAAAGGAGGAUACUCGAUCAGCGCGAUUAGAUGCCCUGGUGUCCGAUGCUGAGAAGAGGGUGGUGGAUCUAUCAGCUGCCAUUCUAAAUGCCUCCUGUGGAAGUAGCUCUAUGUCCAGCACACAACAGAAGGAAAAUGAAAAGCAGUUAAGUCACUGGGAAUUUCGACACAAACUCUUAAAAAGGAUGAAAGCUGGAUAUGACCAUGCACGUACUCCCGACCCUCCUAGUUACGUAAGUCUAGCUGUAGCCAGCAGCUCCUCCUUACUGGUCAAAUUCGAUGAACCCCUUAAUCACAAUGGAGCUGUUGUCACACGGUACAAAGUUGAAUGGAGCUGCUUUGAUGACUUUAUUCCAUUGGCUGGAGAAGAGGUGGUGGAAGACAUGAGACACUUGGAACAUGAAAUAAAGGGUCUGGUAAAGGGCAACAAGUACUUCGUCAGGGUGGCCGCCUGUAACAUGAAAGGAUACAGUGGACACACGAUAGCCAAACCAGCUUAUGCUGUUCCAUCUUGUUGGAGAGAUGUGGACAACUCAACAUUAUCCAGAACAGAGGGAAAAUUAAAAAUAUUGGAUGAACUAUUUUCCCAAGUGAAGCACUUACGACCAGCUGAUGCAUCAGAACUAAAAGAUAAUGUUGGAGAUUCUCCACUACAAAGAAAACGAAAAAGUUUGAAAAACCUCUUUACCUCUGCUCCCAAAUUCUACAAAUCCCUGAAAAGGGGAGUUUAUCUUGCCUGUCUGCUGUAUCACGGUGACAAAGUUUUAGUGACCUCCGAUGACCAACUGCCUGUUGUGGAGGUGGACGAAAAUUUCUCUGGACCAUCGGUCAAUGCAGAUCUGCACUGGCUGAUGAAGAUUUCUUGUACUUGGGAUGAUGUGAAAUCUCUGCGACAAGACAUGGAGAAAAAUACAAGUGCAGGAACAAUGCAUUUCAGAUGUAAACUAUUACAAGCUGUCUCUGUGUUGCAGGGAGCUUUGGGAAUAUAUGAUUUAGGCCAGUUUCAUUUCAAGCCUCUGAAGGACUCCAGUGGAAGUAUUGUAUUGACCACAGUGUGUAAUGUAAGAGAUCCCAAGGCAGUUAUCCUGAGUUCGUCAAAGUGGGUGAGCUUUGCCAAGUUACUACGACGAUCUUCGGGUACAGGAACAGAGUCCCAGGAGUCCUUGGAAGUUCUUGUCAGUUCUGUCUCAGAGAUGAUUCUCUAUCAUCAAGUCAGCAACAUUCGUCUUGCAAAAGGCUUAUACCUUGGCUACCUCAAACUUCAAGCUUCCCUAGAACUUAACCGAGUGUUGGUUCCUAAGAAAGCACCAAACAUUCUUCCAAACAUUAAAGUGAGAGAUUGUCCCAAUGUUUCCAGAGAGGAGUGGCAAUGGCUGCAGUCACUGAAUGUAGAUCAACAAGUAGCACCACCUAGCCAAACACAGGAGGAAUUCCGUAAACAGCUCUCACAGGCUGCCCAAAAACUUUUCAACAUUUUAGACAUAUCAGAGAAUUUUGCUGCUAGUCACAGAAUCUAUGAUGUGGAGGUGAUUGAGUUCAGUAACGAUGUGGCAUUCAUCCUGAUCCUCCCCCCAGUAGAGGAAGUAUGUCUGGUUCCAGGCCAGAAUGACACCAUGACAGAGAAGAAGGAUCUCACACUCCUCCCAGUACAAGUCUUUGAAAUGAUCCACAUGUGUACAUACCAAACACAGCUCAUCAAUAGAUACUCAAGGCUCUCCUCAAUACUAGAAAUGGACCUCUGUCUUGCCCAGCAAGUUCAGCGUGAGGCCUUUUCUACCGAGGAACUUGCACCAGCAAAAGAGAGAGUGGAGAAAUUGUCCAACAUACAAACUACAGUCGAUAAAAACUGGAAGUCAACACGAUGGAUAAUGGACAUUAUUACUUAUGCAAGAGACAAGAGUAUGCGAGGAGGCAUAUUGAUAAAUGAGUUAACUUCACCACCCAGAGAUGUGUUCAGUUCUGAGCUAGAGAGUCCUAGUGAAGACAAUCUGUUUGAUAACAACAACUCACAAUCCGGGUGUCAGUCUGUGGCCUGUGAUUCUAAUGAAAUCAGUGUUGGAAAAGACAACAUCAAAAUUGCCAAAUUCUAUGAUCCAAAUGAUGAGACACCAAAGACAAAUGGACAUGUGAAAAAGGAGGAAACCGCCGGUGAAUCCAAUACACCAAGCUCAGGCAUUUUACAGGUGUAUGCAGCUUAUGACACGGGGCUGUCUCGUGGCACCAGGGUGAGGCUACAUGUGACUGAGAAAACCACAUCUAGAGAAGUGAUUAAUCUGGUGGUGAGACAGUUGAAUAAAACUGUGACUCAGAAAGGUAGGUCUGAACCUCAGUAUGGGGAGGAUCAACUGGACGAGUUUUGUUUGGUGGCUGUGAUUGGUGCUAGAGAGAGAAUUCUGAGGGAUGACUACCAGCCACUUCACCUUCAGAAUCCAUGGACCAAAGGUCGACUUUAUGUUCGGAUGAAGAGUAAUUUGUUAGCUGCCAUCCAGCAAGGGCAUGCCACUGAGGUGUGAAGUGACAAUACUUUUUAUUUGACCUACAAUCAGUGGAAACUAGCUUUAUUGUCAUAAGAACAUUCCCUUCUGAUAGUUGGGUCAUGUUUCUUUUCCAUUCCAAAUUUCAGUAAAUCAUUAUCCAUUGUCAUUCAUAGUCAGUUCUUAAGAAUUACUAGUCAGUAUACAUAUCGGGUAAAUUAUUUAUGUCACCAAACUGAAUGUUACUAAUUUAUUAUUGUUGUUUUUUCAUAAAAUAUGCUUUCAAGUGUAAAUUUUCUUGGGAAAUUUAAGUUAAACAGAAUUUUAUCGAUGUUAGUACAGUUGCAAUACAGUAUCUUUUCAACUGUAAAACAGCUACUUGGGGAAGAAAAGAAUCUGGUCUUCUAGAAAACAGAAUUUUUAAUCAAAAGUAAAAUUGUUGGUUUUUAGUAUAUUGUAAAAAUUUUCUCUUUAAAAAAAAUACUCCUUGAAAAAAUAAUAUCAGCUUGCCAGGAGGAGUUUGCAGAGAGAUGUUGUUAUACCAACAGCAUUGGGUGGGGGGGGGGUACUGAAACUUAAAUGUCUAUCAAAUGCAAUCCCUCCCAUGACAUGUAGAACUUGAAUAAAUUCAGUGCCAUACAUGGACAAUAUUAACAAAUGGUUACGGUUUUUCUGAUUCCAAAUUACUAAUAUUGUUUCCGUGGUAGUUUUCUUACUUAAAACAUUUCAAACCCAAUCCCUCCCUCCUAUCAGUGUGAUUCUGGGUCAAGUAGAAGGUUACAUGUAGAAAAUGAUAACUUUUUGGUUAAAGUUUUUAAGGUAUAGGUUUCGUAUAGACCAUACAGUCCUUUCUGAAAUACCUUUCUUCUGAAAUACCUUUCAAGUUUCUGAUUUCAGUCCCAGUGGUGGGAAGGUUGCCUCUAAGCCAAGUUUAGAUUAUAAAUAUAAAACUUUAAGUUGCUUUUCAAAUUUUUGAAUUUAGUGCACCAGGCGAGCUCUGUUGUCUAAGAACCACUCUUGUGUAUGUGCUGAAUUCUGUUGUGUGAAUUCGCUCGUGUUUUUGUGCCGAGUUCUGUUUUGUUAAUUUAUUUUGACUUAAUUUGUACAUUUUCUUUCAAGUCCCUAUGAUGUUGUGUAGAUUCAAUUAUACAAACUACAUGUAUUUAUAAAAUUAUUCAAAAUAGUUCUGAAAACUGUAAGUGGUUUCAAAAUUGUAAUCAAUAAUUUUUUGAAAAAUUUAGUCACAAGUUAAUACAGUAUUUUGUGAUAAUAUGCUAAUGAUGGUAUACUUUUUAUCAAGUGUUAUUUACCAAGCAAGCCAACUACUUAUGAUUAUUUGGAACCUUACUCAAACAAAUUUUGCCUCCAAAUGUUGGAAUAAUUAUUGCAGUGUACUGUAUUACCAGUCAAAGUUUAUUCUUUCUAUGAGGUAGUUGUGAUAAGCCUACUGUGAUACUAUUUAUUUUCUACAUCUUUUUCUGUUAGCUUGUGUUUUGAGAGGAGCUAAUAAAAUCAAGUCAACUA